GCGCAGGCUUUGUUCUGAGUGACGCAGAGCGCCACGGCGGCUUGUCGGGCAUUUAAAAACACGUUGUUCAAAACUCACCAAGUGGAGCAAUAACUGAAGAUGGUGCGAAAACUGAAAUACCACGAGCAGAAGCUGCUCAAGAAAGUGGACUUCAUCAGCUGGGAGGUGGACCAGAAUCUACACGAAGUGAAAGUACUGCGGAGAUUCCACAUCGAGAAGAGAGAGGAUUACACCAAGUAUAACAAGCUGAGCAGGAGUGUCCGGGAGCUGGCUCGCAAGAUCAGAGACCUGGGCGAGAAGGACGGUUUCCGGGCGAAGUGCACCAGCCAGCUGCUGAACAAACUGUACACCGUGGGGCUGAUUCCCACCAGAGAGAACCUGGUGCUCACAGAGAAGGUGUCGGCCUCGUCCUUCUGCAGGAGACGUCUGCCCACCAUCAUGGUGAAGCUGAGGAUGGCACAGAACCUGAAGACCGCCAUCACCUUCAUAGAGCAGGGUCAUGUGCGUGUCGGUCCUGAGAUCAUCACAGACCCUGCCUUCCUUGUGACUAGAAACACUGAGGACUUUGUGACCUGGGUGGAUUCCUCCAAGAUCAAGCAGCACGUGAUGGAGUAUAAUGAACAGAGGGAUGAUUUUGACCUGGUUGUGUAGGAGGGUCCCUGGCUGCUGUUAAUGAAACCCUUUUCAUUGAGCUGUGAGGAGCCGCGGCCACACUGCCUGUGAGAGAGGCGCAUUGCUCUGGAGCCACGGCUGCUUUACUCAUUGCACUGCACAGGGCACAGGUCCAUUGGCAUUGCUGAAAACAGUCAGUGUAUUUAUAGCAGUGCAGUCUAAUGUGUGCUUUUUUAUAUAGAAAUACAGACUGCUUUCUACUUUA